GGUGCAAUACCGGGCCCGAGCGCAUCAGGCGGCGGCUGAUUAGCUCAGGUUUGCAUCACCCGGGCCAGAGCCGGAGCCUGGGCGCCCCGUGUCCCCGAGAAACUUGCGUCGGAAGCCGCGGCGGCUCCGCACCCGUGAGGCCGUGGGGGGUCGAGGCCAGAGCUCCCACGGACCCCGAGCUCGGCCGCAGCGGAGCUCAGAGACUCAGAGCUCGGGCUCCUGUGCUGCACGAGGACAAGCAACACAGCUGCAAGGCUGGUGACUUCCUCUGCCUUCGAAUGAAUGAACUCUUGGGGCCUGUGAGAGACCUCCCCGCCCUGUCUCACUUCUCACCUCAUGAUGAAACUGAGCUGACAGCGGAUGCGAGCCACUCCUCUGGCAGCUCCUACGGGUAGUCCCUCCAGGAAGAAGCAGUUGAAGUUGGAUGAUGACCUAGACACGGAGUGUCCCGCCCGGAAGCAAGCUCGAAGUGGACCCCAGCCCAGGCUGCCCCCCUGCCCUCUGCCCCUGAGCCCACCCCCUGCUCCAGUCCGUGCCCCUGCUGUGACCACUGCCUCCCGGCUUGGGCCCUAUGUCCUCCUGGAACCCGAGGAGGGUGGCCGGGCCUACCGGGCCCUGCACUGCCCCACAGGCACCGAAUACACCUGCCAGGUGUACCCAGUCUGCGAGAGCCCGAAGGUGCUAGAGCCCUACUCGCGGCUGCCUCCCCACAAGCACGUGGCGCGGCCCACGGAGGUCCUGGCGGGCGCACACCACCUUUACGCCGUCUUCCCGCGGCGCCGUGGGGACAUGCACAGCCUGGUGCGCCGCCGCCGCCGCCUGCCCGAGCCCGAGGCCGCCAGGCUCUUCUGCCAGAUGGCCGCCGCCGUGGCGCACUGUCACCAGCACGGGCUGGUCCUGCGAGACCUCAAGCUGCGGCGCUUUGUCUUCACCGACUGUGAGAGGACCAAGCUGGUGCUGGAGAACCUGGAGGACGCCUGCGUGCUGACCGGGCCGGACGACUCCCUGUGGGACAAGCACGCGUGCCCGGCCUAUGUGGGACCCGAGAUCCUCAGCUCGCGGGCAUCCUACUCGGGCAAGGCGGCGGACGUCUGGAGCCUGGGCGUGGCGCUCUUUACCAUGCUGGCCGGCCACUACCCCUUCCAGGACUCGGAGCCUGCCCUGCUUUUUGGCAAGAUCCGCAGGGGGACCUACGCCCUGCCCCGGGGCCUCUCCGCCCCGGCCCGCUGCCUGGUCCGCUGCCUGCUCCGCCGGGAGCCCGCUGAGCGUCUCACAGCCUCGGGGAUCCUGCUGCACCCCUGGCUGCGAGAGAACCUGACCCCCUCAGUCCCAUCCCGAGCCCACCUCUGGGAGGCUGACCAGGUGGUCCCCGAAGGGCCAGGGCUGGAGGAAGUUGAGGCAGAGGAGGGAGAAAGGGAAGUGGGCCUAUAUGGCUAGGACUACCCUACCCGACUCUCAGCUGUGAACUGCGCAUUGAGUUUGGGGCGUCCCCGAGCUCUCUCCUGCCUCUUUGACCCGAGAUAAACCCUAAGUGCCUUGUAGGAGGGAGAAAAGAGGAGGCAUGUUGAAGGGUGUUGCAGGCACGCCUGUGUGGUUCACACACCUGUUGGGAGGUGUGUGCCUUGUUCCAGGUGCUGAGAACACAGCUGUGAACAAGAGACAGAACUCCUGCUCACAGGGCUGUCAGUCCUUUGCCAUCCCCACAGGCCAGUGUCUGCACUGGGCUGGGUACAACCAGUGCAGGUGGCGGCGUCCACUCGUGCUGGCACCCCCCACUGCUGUACCGGACAGUCCCUUUCACAACCCACCCAGCUGCCUUUGUACGUUGCACCUCUGAGAAAGGGAAGCGUCCUGUGCCAAAGCCUUCAGGCCUCUCCCCUGCACCUGAGGCCCAGAGCCCAGGCCCUGCUGCGAAUUCCGCCCCAGCAGCUGUGUCCUCUUGGUCAGAGGAUCCUCUGUCCAGGCCUGAGGCAAGGGUCUGGGCUGGAAGAUCAAGAGUGCAAACUGUGAGGCGGGUCCUCAUCCAGCUCAGGGAGUGGUCGGGAAUGAGGGUCCAGGCCUGUCCGCCUCAGCAGCCGUGACCCGAGCCGCUAACUGGAGUUGGGGGACAGGAUUAGGUGGGGUCUGCCCUGGCCUCCUGGAAAGUCCUAAGUCCAGUUCUGUGGACACUUGGGGUCCAGAACCCCACAUCAGUAUAGGUUUUGGAUGCUCCAAGUAUAUAUUUUUACCUUGUGCCUAAUAAAGGAGUUCUGGAAUAC